AUGAAAAUGCGCCUGCCGCGAGCUGCGUCGGACGCUGGCCUGUCCAACUCGCAGAUCGCCGACGUGAUCGAAGAAGUGACGGCCGCCUCGGAACAGAUCGCGGACCCCGUCGACGUGGCAGCCGCGGCUGCCACCGAGACGGGUGCGUCGUCGAGCGAAGCGUUGAAAAUCGCGGCUGCCGUGGGCGAAGGCGACUCUGCUGCGCUCGCCGCCACCGAAGCCGGCCUCGGACCUGAGGCCGUGGCCGAAAUCGUGAGCGAAGUGGUCGACUCCGCCGAAAACGUCUCGGACCCUGCGGACGUCGGGGCCGCCGCUGCUCUCGACAACGGGGCGACUGCGUCGGAAGCCGUGGAAGUUGACGAGGCCGUGGACUCUGGCUCGUCCGCUGCGGCUGCGGCCAAUGACAUCGGUUUGGACGCCGAAGCCAUCGCCGACGUCGUGGACCAAGUGUCGACUUCGUCGGACAACGUGGCGGCACCGGCCGACCUGGCUGCGGAUGCCCCAACAUACUCAUGCUCAUCGUAA